AUGCGCGGAGUGCACCCGGCCAUUGCAGAGCUCAAGCGGCGCAAUCGUGCAGCCGGUCGGCGGCUUUCUCCGCUCGACAGGAAGCCGUCGAACACCAUCCCGUCCUCGUCGCCGACACGACAGUACGGACGAACGUCAUCGGCAACAGCAUCGCACGCCUCUACAGUCAGGCAGCCAGCAAGAAAUGGGAGUGACCGUUCCGGUAUGGAGUCACGGUUUAUGUCCACAGCACCAGUGGAGACUAACGAUGGUCGUCAAACAGACAGGAACAGGAACUGCACCAGUAACAAUAACAACAACAACAAUGGCAACUGGAAUUGCGCCCGCAACGCGCCGAGACCCCCACCGAAGCGCGUGCCUACGAAGCCCCGGCCAACAAUUGAAGCUAGAACGAGCAUAGUUACCCCUCAAUGCGAAGGUGAGGCACCCGUUGGUAAUGCCACAGCGGUGCGUGAGCGAGGAAUGUCUCCGAGCGCAACGCCCAGCAAAAUGCGGGAUGUUAGCAGGCCGUCGUCCACCCCCACCCCGCUGGUGCCAACGGCUGAGGCAUCCGUUUUGCAUGGCUCUGGCCAACAACGGCAUCAGAAACAGGGACUCUUUUCCAGAAAAGACGAUAGCACGUUUAGUGGGUGGGAUUUUAAACAUCAUGCAUCCAAUGAAGAAGACGAGGUGCAGUCGAUUGAUGGAUACACGAAUAGGGCGCACUGGGAUGAGCAGCUGCCAGGGCGCGUCCGUGCCGUGCUGGACGGCAAUCAGCUUGAGGAUCCCUUCGCGACGGAUCUGUGGACGAAGACUCAGGGCGGCGAAACGCGCCAGGUUAACUGUUACUACGCCUGCAUCCGCUGCGGCGUGCCUGUUGUGUCGCCCAAGUAUCAAGUCAAAUAUGCGGUGCGUGGCAUUGCCGCAUUUUCACGGCUGAACAAGCGCGCCGUGGAGGUGCGCAUCGGCUGCCUCGCUACCGCCACCAACGCCACCGCCGCUGGAUCCGCCGCGUUGAUGAAAAGGCCCUCACUUCAGUUGCAGGCGCGCUGCCGCUGCUGCGACGGCCUCCUCGGUCUUAUUGUCCCCACCGCCGACACGGAAUCUGCCACAGCGCCGUGGAACGUGCUUGCCAUCAACAGCUGUUGCCUGAAACUCGUCAAGGGCAAACGGACACGCUGCCGCCUUGACGGUGUCUGCGACGGCGAGGACAAUGACAAGUGUGGUAACGGCGCCCUUAGUCCACGGUCGCGCGGCAGCGUCGAUUAUGACUUCGACGACCCGGAUAUAUUCGAGGUGCACAACUCCGAAUAG